CUUGAGGUUUAUCAGUCAAUUUUGUAGUGACUGUUGCAAUGAUACUGUGAACAAUGGUGAUCCUCUGCUAUCUGAGACUGAGACACUAGGCAUAAAACUACAUUAUUGUCCACCGGUAUUGAAUACAAAUCUGGUACAGCAAAAUGCUUGGAGUCAACAUUAAAAUAGUUUUAUAAUUCACUCGGAGAUCUUUACUUGAUUUGGUCGGCUGUAUUAUAUUCGUGGACGCAAAGUCAAGGCCUGUUUUGGUGGAAGAAUGACUUCUUGCUUUUAAUAUAUACUAUACAUAGGCGUGCCCUUGAGUCCUGACUAUGUUAUGUGAUGAUUCCGAGGUUUAAGGGAUGAAGGUGAGUUGGAUGGGUGGUGAUUUCAAUGCCAUCUUUUGUUCGUUUUGGCGUCAUGUGAUUCUUGCAUUGUUUAUUUGUUUUCUUUUCUCUUGUCAUUAGGCAUUACUAUUAUUAUAUGCAAAUAUCAGGUAGUGCUUAAGAUGGAAGCAUGUGCAUCUCGUACGUUGACCAUAACCUCUCCAAGAGUUUUCUUGGAGUUGGGAGAAUCGCUGACUUGAUUAAAGAAAAACAACAAAUGAAUAUAAUAAGAGGUGGGAGGUGGGGUCGGCGCCGUCCCUACACUCUGCCGAAUUCAAGGUUCGAUGAUCAUCCGGAGUUGAUGAUAACAAGCCUAUAAAAUAGAGGGAAGGAGUGAGGUAAAGAAGCAGAAAGCUGGAGUAAGAUGAUUUCAUUGUUGUUUCCGCGGUCGCCUUUGUGCACAGCAGCCAUAGUGUUCUAUACAUGUGUAUGCAUUCCUUUGGGGAGGUUGAAGAAGAAUGGUGGAGAUGCCGAAGGGCAUGAUGAUGACGGUUACCACCUAGUGGGAGUGAUGUUUGGGGACAAGGAAGAGGAGGAGGAGGAAAUUUGCUGCCCGAUAUGCCUUGCGGAGUUUGAGGCUGAGGAUGUGGUGACCCAUCUUCCCAGAUGCGCUCAUCUCUUCCAUAUGAAUUGCAUAGAACCUUGGCUUCUCCGUGGCCAUCUCACUUGCCCGCUCUGUAGAUCAUUUGUAUUGGCUCCAACUCCUCUUACCUGCAAUGUCAAUAAUGCCUCCUCCUCGCCCACAUUGUAUCUUUCUAUCUUCUUCUUUUUCUGCCUCUUUCUCCAUCUACUUGGAUACUUGUAGCCUACCUUCCUUGUUAAGUGUUAACCCACCCAUUCAUUAUAUAUAUUGUUUGUCUUAGUUUCCAAGCACAUAAUGCGUUGAUAUCUC